AUGCUGCCGCUGGCCGCCCUGCUGCUGUGCCUGGCCCUGCUGUGCGCCUGGGGGCUGGCACGCCGGCGGGGUCCCACGGGGACGGGGACGGGGCGGCUGCGGAGCCUGCCAGCCCUGCCGCUGGUGGGGAGCUUGCUGCAGCUGGCCGGGCACCCCCAGCUCCACCUGCGGCUCUGGCGCCUGCAGGGCCGCUACGGCAGCCUCUACGGGCUCUGGAUGGGCUCCCACUACGUGGUGGUGGUCAACAGCUACCAGCACGCCAGGGAGGUGCUGCUGAAGAAGGGGAAGGCUUUCGCCGGACGGCCCCGCACCGUGACCACGGACCUGCUGUCCCGGGGGGGCAAGGACAUCGCCUUCGCCAGCUACGGCCCCCUCUGGAAGUUCCAGCGCAAGCUGGUGCACGCCGCCCUCUCCAUGUUCGGGGAGGGCUCGCUCGCCCUCGAGAAGAUCAUCUGCCAGGAGGCCGCGUCCCUAUGCGAGACGCUCAGCGCCGCGCAGGAUGCAGCCUUGGACAUGGCCCCGGAGCUCACGCGGGCCGUCACCAACGUGGUCUGCUCCCUCUGCUUCAACUCCUCCUACCGGCGCGGGGACCCCGAGUUCGAGGCCAUGCUGGAGUACAGCCAGGGCAUCGUGGACACCGUGGCCAAGGAGAGCUUGGUGGACAUCUUCCCCUGGCUCCAGAUCUUCCCCAACAAGGACUUGGCCCUGCUGAAGAAGUGCCUCAAGGUCAGGGACGAGCUGCUCCAGCAGAAGUUCACCGAACACAAGGAAGCCUUCUGCGGGGACAGCGUGAGGGACCUCAUGGAUGCCCUCCUGCAAGUGAGGCUCAGCGCCGAGAACAACAGCCUGCCGGCACCGGGGCUGGAGCUGACAGACGACCACCUCCUCAUGACGGUGGGGGACAUCUUUGGGGCUGGCGUGGAGACCACCACGACCGUGCUCAAGUGGACUGUGCUCUACCUCCUCCACUACCCUGAGGUCCAGAGGAAGAUCCAGGAGGAGAUGGACCAGAAAAUCGGCCUGGCCCGUCACCCCCACCUCAGCGACCGCCCGCUGCUGCCCUACCUGGAGGCCACCAUCAGCGAAGUGCUGCGCAUCCGGCCCGUGUCCCCCCUGCUCAUCCCACACGUGUCCCUCACCGACACCAGCAUCGGGGAGUACGCCAUCCCCAAGGGCGCCAGGGUCGUCAUCAACCUCUGGUCCGUGCACCACGACGAGAAGGAGUGGGACAAGCCCGAGGAGUUCAACCCUGGCCGCUUCCUGGACGAGCAGGGCCAGCACAUCCACUCGCCCUCGCCCAGCUACCUGCCCUUCGGGGCCGGGAUCCGCGUGUGCCUGGGCGAAGUCCUGGCCAAGAUGGAGCUGUUUCUCUUCCUGGCCUGGGUGCUGCAGAGGUUCACGCUCGAGUGCCCCCAGGACCAGCCCCUGCCCUCGCUGGAGGGCAAGUUCGGCGUCGUGCUGCAGGUGCAGAAGUUUCGGGUGAAGGCCAGGCUGCGGGAGGCCUGGAGGGCGGCCUCGUGA